GAAACAUCCCAAAACAAUGACAAAACCACCGAAACAAACAAAAUUCCUAGGAAGCCAAAACCAAAUUCGCAUGAAUCACAAAAUUCCUAGGAAUCACCAAACCAUCAACUUGUUGAAUUUCAAAUCACUCUUCUCACUCUCUCUUCACAAUCCCACCCUCCCACCAUGUCUUGGUUACGAUCAAUCCUCCGAACAACCACCCUCCCUCAAUCAUCUUCUCUCCUAACCCACCUCCGUCGCAUGAGCAACCUUCCAGAAAACACCGUCUAUUCAGGCCCAACCCCACAAACCCAAAGGGUCACACUCUCACAACUGCGACAGAAACAUAAAAACUCACAACCCAUUACAAUGGUCACUGCUUAUGAUUACCCUUCUGCUGUUCACGUCGAUAUGGCAAACAUUGAUAUUUGUCUUGUGGGAGAUUCUGCUUCCAUGGUUGUUCAUGGCCAUGAUACUACUCUGCCUAUUACGUUGGAUGAAAUGCUUGUUCAUUGUAGGGCUGUUUCUCGUGGUGCCAAAACUCCUCUUCUUGUUGGGGAUUUGCCGUUUGGAACGUAUGAGUGUAGCUCUAAACAGGCGGUCGAUACGGCAGUUCGGAUUUUGAAAGAAGGGCGAAUGGAUGCCAUAAAAUUGGAAGGAGGUUCACCUUCAAGAAUCGUUGCAGCAAAAUCUAUUGUUGAAGCCGGAAUAGCUGUAAUCGGACAUGUUGGUCUUACACCACAAGCCAUUAGUGUUUUAGGUGGAUUUAGGCCUCAGGGACGAAAUGUUGCUAGUGCCGUCAAGGUUGUCGAGACAGCCUUGGCUUUGCAAGAAGCAGGGUGUUUUGCUGUUGUUCUUGAAUGUGUUCCUGCACCGGUCGCUGCCGCAACAACAGCAGCGCUUCAAAUUCCGACGAUUGGAAUCGGGGCUGGACCCUAUUGCAGUGGACAGGUGCUUGUUUACCAUGAUCUUCUUGGUAUGUUACAACACCCUCACCAUGCAAAGGUUACUCCAAAGUUUUCUAAACAGUACGCUCGUGUCGGAGAUGUCAUCAAUAAAGCGUUACUCGAGUAUAAGGAAGAUGUGACGAAUGGUUCAUUUCCUGAUGCUAAACACAGUCCCUACAAAAUCAGUGAAGCUGAUGCUAAUGGUUUCGUAAAUGAGCUGCAAAAGUUAGGUUUCGACAAAGCAGUAUCCGCGGCGUCUGAAGCAGUCCAGAAGAUGGUUACAAAAUCAACAAAGUGACAAUAUACUCCAGCUCCGGUUCUGCUUCACAUUCCGUCAACUCACCUGUCUACGAUAAACCUGUUUACGAUUAUGACAGGCUCUUGCACCACAGCAGAGGGACCACCGCGUUUGACAAUCUUCUCGGCGGAUUCGGUAAUUCCGAGAAAACCAUGAAGAAUGAGAAUGGCGUGGAUGAUUUUGAUGAUCUGAGGAUCCCUGGAUUUGGGAACAGUAAGCCCUCCUCUCGUCAAAGGUGUGGCGACUGUGCGUAUCUUCUUAUCAUACCUUGAUUUUACUGUACUCUAUCCACAUUAUGAAAUGCAUUGCGGUUUCGAGGAUAGUUUAUUUGUUUUUAUUGUUUUGCUUGCAAUUGAAGUAACAGUAGCGAAUGUUGAGUAGUAAGACUUGAGGUUGUGGUUUAUGGAUCAGUAGGAAAGCUUGUAAAAGUAACAUGUCAAACUGUUUGACUAGAACUAUGGGAAUGAGUGCAAAAUGCUGAAAGCUUUUGGCAAAAUAUUGGUUAGUUAUUGGCUCCAUUGGCGAAUCAAGGCAUGAUAGAAUAAUAAUAGCCCGAUGAUUGUGUUUAAAACUUAUAUGGUAGAGACAUAUCAUUGGUUAUAGUCUUCCUGGAAUUUUGAGUUGUCAUGUAUCUAUGGAUACCAUGCACUCACUGUCUAUCUGCUGGUUAUCCUCACAGGCCAGCAAUGUCAUCAGUAGGUUAUUGUCUGAAAGAUUCUUUUAUACCUUCUGAAAUUGAUCUGUGUUUGGAUCUCAAAAGUUACUACAAUCACUAUUCGGGUUGGUGGACAACGCUUCACCCCGGUUGGUCCUUCUCUUUUCUAGCAAGGCCUUCUUCUCAGCAGCCGACACGGGGCAAUCCUCUCUGCAGAAAGUUAGCAAAAAUAACAACACAAGUCAAAACACUCGAAAAAUGGCACUUACUCAAAUAGUCGGUUAAGUUUUUUUUCCAUUUUCCACAUAAUAUAUCACCAACCUCGUUCUCAUAAUGUAAACCGCUUCCAUGAACUCGAUGAACUCUCUCUGUCUCCAUUAGCUUAUCACAGUUUAAAUUGUCAUUGGCAUGAGGUCAUUUGCCUAGUAC